GACAUCAGCGCAGGGACUCCCGGUGCUUCCCUCCCGGUAACAUCCAGAAAAUCCUUCCCUUCAUUUAAAAAGGGGAUUGAAGACAAGUCAGGACUGCAGCAUGACAUUGUCUUGCUCCUCAAGAGAGAGAAAAGAUAAAGCUGCAAAGAUGUUGCCAUUUCCGCCCUUCUUAUCUGUCAGGCAGGCUGAGGUUAGAGACCUGCCUUCUCCUUGUCCAGCGGGGUCUGACGGUGCAGCAGGUUUCUGAUGCUGGUUAGAAAAGGGGAUCCUCAGUGGGAUGGACCAUGCACACGCCAGGAUCUCAUGGGGAGUUCUCGCUGCAGGCUCUGUCACCAGUUGGAUUUACGCGGCAGUGAAUGAGUCGGCUCUUCUCAGCAUCACCGCUGCUGCUGGGAGCGUAUAUGAUGCAACGUGGCUGAAAGACAGCAGAAGGUUGCUCCAGAUAAAAGAUAAGAAAGUGAAGUACUAUGUGAACAGGGACCAGUGCAGGUGUAAGGUGCUCCUAAAUGGGACUUUACAAAUAGAGCAGGUGGUGAAAGAGGACAGUGGAAAGUACAGGGUGACUGUUUAUCAGCAGGAUGGGAAGUUCAAGGCAGAAGAAGAUACAAUAUUCGUCGUUCAGGACCCUGUUCCUCAGCCAAUCCUCAGUGCUGAAUGCAUGAAUAAAACUGCAUCUGUCAAGUGUGAAGUGAAGCCGAAGACUAAAGAUGAAACAUUUAUAAUAGAACUGGCUCACGAUAAAGGCAAAAAAGUCCAAAAUAAUGUCACACGGUUGGAAUUGCACACACGGUAUUCUGGGACGUUCAGAUGUGUUGUUAAGAACCAAGUCAGCGAAAAAAUUGCUGAAAAAGUACUUAAGUGCUCAGGCCAGCUGGACCUUUAUCUCAUCUUAGGCAUAGCAGGAGGUACAGUCGUCUUUGUCACCUUCCUGACUUUGCUUAUUUAUUGUAUCAGGAAGAAGAAAGCAGAACGGCUUGAAGAUGAUGAUGAGGAGCGAAUGAUGCAGGCUCGCCAGGUGGACAGUGAGAUGGUGGUGCGGGAGCUCCCCCAGCCACCGUGCAAUCCCACCCCGAAGCAGCUGCAUGUGCAGCAGCGGCCGCUGCCGCAGCCCUAUGUGCAGCAGCAAGCACUGCCCCCACGGCCCAGGCCCCGCACUCAGCAGCGGACUCCAAACCACCCCAGAGAAAGACCAUGAACAUCUGCCCUGGGAGGGACAGUGGUCUCCCUGCUCCACCAUUCACUGGGAAAAGAAAGUUUCCAAUAGUCAGGAACCCCUCCUGCCCAGCCUUGCGUAACGCUCAGCUAUGAAACGGCAGCUUUCGUUGCAGAAAAUUAGAGAGAGCAUCAAAUGGAGAUGAAGAGACCCAGUGGAGGAGAUUCAAGGUGAUGGGCAUUCAUCCCUGUGGCCAUUUUUCUUCAAGUGUCUCCACGUUAGGGUAUGGAGCAUUGAGCCUUGAAACCUGUGUCUUUCCGUGGUUCACUUGUUUUUACUGCACCUUGUUGUGUCCUCAUGCUUUUUGGAUGGAUUAUAUCAAGAAGAAGCUAAAGCUCUUGCAAGCCUAAGGAUCUUACAAGGUUUUGUCAUGUAUCUUUCCUUUCUUCUGCCACGCAUUAGGACAGCCCCUCUGGCUUCAGCAUCAGAUGCAUGACCUCCAGGAUCAAAAAACAGUUGCAUAUAAUCAAAUGUUUGUCUGAAGUUGAAAGCAUUGGUAUCAUCUAACGCAGAGAAGGAAAUAAUGAAAGGAGAUGUGGCAGCCUUGAAGCAUCUGUGUGGGAAAACACAAGUGGGAAAAGAGUAAACUUUUCACUUUCUCUACCAUGUUUAAAGCUAGGAACCAGGGGCUUAAACUGCAGCAAGGGAGAGCAAGGUCAGGAUCUAUUUAUUAGGUUUUUUUGCAAACAAAUUACUGAAAUAGAUUUCUGGGAGAGUAUUUCCAGCACUGGGGAUUUCAAAGGGCAGAUGAGGCAACGAUCUGUGAGUCAGCCUGACCUGCUGAGGGCCAGGGGAAUGUGCUACGCAGCCUCUCCAAGGACUGUUUCAGUUCGGUUUUCUGUGACUCCUUGCUGGCAAAUAAAAUGGAAUUUUAUUUUCAGCAUAGAUCUGUUCAGCUGUUAGGACAAUUUUUUUAUUGUAGAAGAGGUCCGGUAUCCACUGGCUCACAAAACAAGUGCUACAGAGUGUCGAGCAGUCUGAUUACUCAUGACAUUGUCUGAAUUGUCAUGGCUUUCCAUCAUCGGCCCUCCUGCUGAUGGUGAGGGACCGUGUCCCUUGAUUUUGCUGGUAAGUGCCUCGUGUAUAACCAGGUGACGAUGACAGCUGCUGAGAGAUCUCCCUUCCGGAGGGAGAGGCUGGACUGCAAUACCUGCAUCACCCUCCAUGUGCUGGACAAACGCUGCUCACUCCUCUGGUCCUUGGAGAUGUUCCUAACUGCCUCUAUGGGACGGCUGAGGAGCCGAGAGAGGACAGGCCUUUUUAGAGCAAUGUCUGAAUGGGUACACUUGCACAUCUGGUGUAAGAAGCAGCACAGCUGGAGGAGGAGAGAGCUGCGACAGCCACAGAGCAUGAGACUUCCAGCUAGCGUGUCGCUAGGCAGAAGAAUGUGUAGUACCUCUUUCAGGCUUGGCUAUCCCAGACAUGCCAGGGGAGAAAGAACAGCCAUCCUUCGUUCCUCCUCAGAAAUGUGACUCUUUGUAUCUUCUGGUGCAAGGGCAGGGAAGUAACUGUCGGGGAGGAGGAGGUGUCUGCCUCCUCCGGAGCUCAGUCACUUUGCUUGAAUUUGGAGGCAAAGCCCUGGGAGUGUCACUUGCUCUUGCCGCAGCUUUCUGCAGCUUGUUUUAGGGCUUUCGCUAUUUAAAGUUGCAUUUGGUAAACAUUUCAUGGUUUAUUUUGUAACGUCUGCUAUAUCCCUGUAGUGAACGAAUAAAGAUGAGUGGGUGGAGAGGA